UGCUCAUGUCCUAUAAAAGGAAGUGUGCAGAGCCACACACUCAAAGGACAGGACUGAAGGGGAAACAUUUAAGUAAUUUUUUUCUAUUGGAGUCACUCUGUCCAGAGCCACAUAAACAAAGCAAUGGGAGGAGCUCCUUCAGCACUCUUUGAGCAGCCAUGGAGGGAGGUGUCAGAGAAGUACAAGGACAAUCUUAAGUUUGUGAAAUCUUACCAACCUCAAAACAAACAAGUCAAACAUCUCAGGAUUCUGCUUCAUGGACCAGUUGGUGCUGGAAAGUCGAGCUUCAUCAACUCUGUCGACACUGUUUUAAAAGGCAGAUCUGCUGGUAGAGCUGCAACAAAUGCAAGCUAUGCUGGGAGCAGCUUUACCAAACAGUACCAGACCUUCAAAUUUCACAAAAAUCCAGAGGCCACUUACUCUUUUGUUUUCAAUGACAUCAUGGGCCUUGAGGACGAUUCUGACAGUGGAGUCCCUGUGGAAGAUGUCAAACUGGCCCUGAGAGGACACGUGAAAGAAGGUUACAAGUCCAAACCUGACCAUGAACUGAAGGAGGGUGUUGAUGGCUACAACUCCGAUCCCACUUUGGGAGACAAAGUUCACGUUCUGGUGUGUGUUAUUCCUGUGGACUCAGUGUGUUUGUUAAGUGACAAAGUUGUGGAGAAAAUUAAAGAGGUCAGAAUGGCAGCCAGUGAACUGGGAAUUCCCCAACUGGCUAUUCUCACCAGAGUUGAUGAAGCCUGUCCAGAGGUUAAAAAGGACACAAGCAAUAUCUAUAAGAGCAAGUACCUGAAGGAAAAGGUUGAAAUAUUCCACCAGCAGCUGGGCCUUCCAAUAAACUGCAUCUUCCUUGUGAGGAACUACAAUCCGGAAAUUGAGUCAAAUGACAAAAUGAAUGCUGCGAUAGUGUGUGCACUGAAACAGAUGCUUUUGUAUGGAGAAGACUUCCUCAACGACCUGUAAACAUGAGUAUCCUUGAGGCAAAAACACAGGUGAUUUGUAGGGGAAAUGGGAAAUAUUCAGUAAAUGUUUACUGUCUUUGUCAAGCAGGCAAGGUUGAAGCAUGAAAUAUGGAAUAACAAUGCAUACAAAUUAGUCUGUAUUUCAUUUCUCUCAUUGAAACUUUGCACAAUAGCAGGACAAUGCGCUGUCAUUACGUCGUUAGCUUGGUGUGACGUCAUCACGUGAUCUGGUCAACAACUCAGCUGUUGUGAUGGUGCCUUCAUGUGCCGCCGGAAAGGAGUGAUUCAAAAGCUUUCGUGUUUAUUGUUGAAUCCCAGUAUUUAAUACAUCACCUGCUCUAACAAAUUAAUUCUGCAUUCCUAGCUUGGUCUCUGCUUCAUUUCGUUUAUGUAAGAAAAAAAUCUGACAAACAAAUGAUUUCGCUAAAGUGCCGAACAGACAAAUGUUAUAUAUAUUAUGUUGUGAUGGAAAUCUGUAAAUACUAGAGGCUGGAACACCAAAUUUUACUAUAUGUAUUUUAAUAGGGGCUUUCUGCAGAAAUGAUAAACACAGAUAGUCACAGGGAUCUCAGAGUGUUGAAGAGAACAGUCAAAUGCAAGGAUCGUAUAUAGGAGAACUAAGGCUGAUUGUCUGAGCCAGUUCAGACUGGUUCUGUAGGGUUUCCUUAGAAGAUUAUGCAGACGGGAAUUAAAUUCUAGUACAGUCAUUAAGUAUUAAAAAGGUAAUUUAUGUUUCAGGUCACAAACAGUUCAGGUCAUACAAGUUUCAGACAGGUAUGCAAAAAAUUAAUUUUCCACUAUAUUUCCACUGUAUAAUAUAAUCAUCUCAUGCUGCGAGUACUGUUAUAUGAUUAUCUUGCAAUAUACGUUGAUUAAUAAUACGGUUAUUGUUGACUUUGUAUCAUGUAUCGUGAGUUCCUGGUCGUGGGAAGUAAUGAAGUACACAAAUAAAAAUGUUAUUUUGUGUAAAAAAAUAAAAAUUUUGCUUUAA